AUGGAAUUCAGCAAGUUCAACAAGGAUAUUUUGAUCAACCAAAGAAAGUAUACACUAGAAAUAAUAUCAGAUUUGGGAUUAGGAGGAGCAAAGCCAGCCUGGACUCCAUUAGAGGCAAAUAUCAAGUUGACAGUUCCAGAACUGGACAAAUUGGUGGGAACAAGAGAAGAUCAACUGUUGGAAGAUACAAGUCAAUAUCAGGAACUCAUUGGGAAUUUGUUGUAUUUGACUAUGUCCAGGCCAGUACAGACUCUUAGCCAGUUUAUGCAACAGCCAAAGAAGUCUCACUGGGAUGCAUCUAUAAGAGUGGUGAAAUACAUUAAAAUGGAGCUAGGAAUAGGGAUCUUAUUGACCAGUCAAAGUUCAAACGAGCUCAAUAUUUUUUGUGAUGUUGAUUGA